UUUAAAUAGAACACUAUUUGUAAAAAACUCUCAGUUGUGUACAGUUCGUAAGAGUGAAAGCAUCUUCUGAGUUUUAGCAAAUCAUAAGUUCAUCAUGGAUUUUUACUAUAUCAUCGAAUCUGCACCCUGCCGCUCUAUUCUAAUGCUCGCCCAAUCAUUGGGUGUUGAAUUGAAUCGCAAAUUCUUAAGCUUAAAAAAUGGUGAGCACUUGACACCCGAAUUCCUGAAGAUCAAUCCGCAACAUACCAUUCCCACAUUGGUGGACAAUGGCCACUCGGUUUGGGAAUCACGCGCCAUACUCAUCUACUUGGCUGAAGCAUAUGGCAAAGACGACUCGCUAUACCCGAAAUGCCCCAAAAAGCGGGCUGUUGUCAAUCAGCGUCUAUUCUUCGACCUCAACUUGUAUGGUUGCUUUGGCGAUUACUACUAUCCCAUCGCUAGAGAUAAGCAGACGCCGGUGCCAGAGCGCUUGACCAAACUUGAGGGUCAAUUAGAAUUCUUAAACACAUUCUUGGACGGGCAAACCUACGCCGCUAAUGAUAGUUUGUCGAUUGCCGAUUUCACUUUGCUUGCCUCUGUUUCGACGUUUGCCGUGUGCGAUAUUGAUUUGAGCAAAUACCCAAAUAUUGUCAGAUGGCUUGACAACCUCAACAAAACACUGCCUGGCGCAGACGAAAAUCAAAAAGGUUGUGAAUUAAUGAAGGUAUAUUUUAAGUAGAGGUUUCAGCGGUCCGAUCAUGAACUGUGGUGUGAGAAUAUGGAACGCUUUAAGUUCAGUAAUUAACAUACAUACAUAAGUGCAUAUACAAAUGCAGCAGUAAUUAUUAUAAUCACAAUCAAUGUUUGUGUUAUCAAUUCAUUUUAUAUAAAUAAAAUAUUAUUAUCUUUUUAGUACAGCAGAAUAACA